UAGAUGGUCAGGAGAAUGGCAGAGGCCAGUACUUUAGUAGAUCAGGACCAGUUCAGCUGUCCAGUCUGUCUGGAUCUGCUGAAGGAUCCAGUGACCGUUCCCCGUGGACACAGUUUCUCUAUGGUGUGCAUUAAUGGCUGCUGGGAUCAUGGGGAUCACAGGGGGCUCUACAGCUGCCCCCAGUGCAGAGAGACCUUCACUCCGAGGCCUGUUCUAUGCAGAAGCUACUUUAUAGCUGAAAUGUUGGAGAAACUGAAGAAAACAGAAGUCCGAGCUGCUCCUCCUGCUGGAUCUGGAGAUGUGGAGUGUGAUUUCUGCACUGGGAGGAAACGCAAAGCUGUAAAAUCCUGUCUGACGUGUCUGGCCUCCUUUUGUGAAGAUCAUCUUAAACCUCACUAUGAAAUUCCUGCUUGGAAAAAGCACAAGCUGGUCAAAGCAUCCACACGACUACAAGAGAAGAUCUGCUCUCAACACGACAAACUGAUGGACAUCUACUGUCGCACUGACCAAAACUUCAUCUGUUAUUUGUGUACAAUGGAGGACCACAAAGGCCACGAUACAGUCUCAGCUGCAGCAGAGAGAACCCAGAAACAGAGGGAGCUGGAGGAGAUGCAGAGAGACGUCCAGCAGAGGAUCCAGGAGAAGCAGAAGAAGCUGCAGGAGCUGGAACAGGCUGUGAACACUCUUAAGCGCUGUGCUCAGACAGCAGUGGAGGACACUGAGAGGAUCUGGACUGAACUGAUCUGCUCCAUUGAGAAAAAGCGCUCUGAGCUAACAGAGCUGAUCAGAGCUCAGGAGGAGGCUGAACUGAGUGCAGCUGAAGAACUCCUGGAGAAACUGGAGCAGGAGAUCGCUGAUCUAAAGAGGAGAAACGCUGAGCUGGAGCAGCUUUCACUCACAGAGGAUCACAUCCAUUUCCUCCAGAGUUUCCAGUCUCUGAGCGUCUCUUCUGGAUCUGAGGACUCCUCCAGCAUCUCUGUCCAUCACCAUCUCUCAUUUGAUGGAGUGAGGAGCGCUCUCUCUGAUCUGAAAGAGAGACUAGAGGAGUUCUGCAGAGAGGAGUUCAGGAAAAUCCCUCCACAGGCUGCAGCAGCUCCUUUAUCACUCUCAGAACCAAAGAGCAGAGAAGAUUUUCUACAGUAUUUCUGUCACCUGACUCUGGAUCCUAACACAGCGUAUCGUCGCCUCAUUCUGUCUGAGAAUAACAGAGCUCUGAUUCUGAGUAAUGAAGACCAGCAUUACCCUGAUCAUCCAGAGAGAUUUGACUAUUUCGGCCAGGUGUUGAGUGUGGAGAGUCUGAGUGGACGCUGUUAUUGGGAGGUUGAGUACAGUGGAGUUGCGGCCAUUGUAGUCUCAUAUAAAGACAUUCGCAGGAAAGGAGAGUUUUGUGAUGGUGAGUUUGGAUACAACAGUCAGUCCUGGAAACUGUUUUGUUCUAGUAACGCCUCUGUCUGGCACUGCUGCUAUAGAGAGGAGUUCCCAGAAGCUCCGUUAGCCAAAAUAGGAGUGUACGUGGAUCCCAGUGCAGGAAUUCUGUCCUUCUACAGCGUUUCUGACACAAUGACCCUUCUACACACAGUCCACACCACAUUCACUCAGCCGCUCUACGCUGGGUUCUAUGUUAGUCUUCAUUCAACUCUGAGGUUGUGUGAUAAAAACGAUGGUGGUGAUCGUGGCUGAUGGUCUGUGAGGCCUGUUUGACUAAGUUUCUGCUCUUAUCAUCCCUUUUUCCUCACUUCAUUAUAUUUCAUCUAUUAAGCCUAUUAAGAGUGAUUAUCCUCUUAUAAUAUCAGGUUUAUUAUAUUCUAAAGCUUAUUAUUCAGUAACUACAUGAACUACAGUGUAGAUUAACUGAGUUCUUUUUCAUCUUAAAGGGUUAUUAAGUCUGUGUGUGUAUUCACUGGGAUGCAGUAGUAGACCUGCUAUUGUUGGUAAAUACUGUAAGGUAUGUAAUCUGUAUCUUAUGCUGUAAUAGUUUGUUUUAACCUGUACCCCUUGGAACUGAGUUACUAGUGGUAGUGGUUGAAAUCUUCACCUAUGAAAUGGAACAACCCCUUAAAUAAAAAGAGCAUUACUUCAUUAACAGCUACUAGCGCUGCUCUGUGGGUGACCCUGCCAGUCUGCAGUGACAGGUGAGGAGGGUAAAGUUCAGCUCCUCAAUACUUAGUUAAAUUUAGGGCACUUUCAAAGAGGGCAGCGGUUGCGACAAUUAUCAUCGUGCACCUAUAGUUCUUUAGUGAUAUGAAGCUGAAGAUAUUCAUCAGCUUCUUGUUCAAAUUUUAAGUGGUGCAACAGUUCUGAUGCCUGGGGUGCCUGAAUUUACCUGCUGCCCCAUUUAAAGUAGAAUGGGAAAUUUAGCUAGCCAGCUAAGAGACAUCAGCACUACUAAUGAUUUAUUUAUGCUUGUUGUGAAGAAAAGGACCAUAAUGCACUGAAACAAUAUUAAACUAAAAUUAUACGGUGGUCAUCAUAAUUAUUUAACAGAGAAAAUUCUCACAUUUGAGGGUUUCUUUGGUCUCUUGUUCAGCCAUCUUGCUGGUUUUUCGUUUUUUUUUCUCACAACUCUCUGUUUGGAGA